GAGUUUCCGCAGAAGAAGAAGAAGAAAACUGUGUGUCCGCUUUGGCGCAGUAGAGCGGGGUUUCUGCGCAGUUGAGCGGGUUUUGUGCGGUUCUUGGCGGUUCUUUGUUCCGGGUUCUUCGACGGAAACGCGGCUCUACACCACCGCACCGAACCUGCGUCUGCGGACUUUAACCAGCGGUCGUCCGGGUGUGUUUUUUUCCGACGUGAGCCGCCAUGAGUUACGGUAGGCCUCCGCCGGACGUCGACGGCAUGACUUCCCUGAAAGUGGACAACCUGACGUACCGCACGGCGCCCGAGACCCUACGCCGGGUGUUCGAGAAGUACGGCCGGGUGGGGGACGUGUACAUCCCCCGGGACCGGUACACCAAGGAGAGCCGCGGCUUCGCCUUCGUCCGCUUCCACGACAAGCGGGACGCGGAGGACGCGAUGGACGCCAUGGACGGAGCCCUGCUGGACGGACGGGAGCUGCGGGUCCAGAUGGCCCGAUACGGAAGACCCCCGGACUCCCACUACGGCGGGGGCCGGAGAGGAGGCGGGGGCACCCGGAGGUCCGGAGGGUACGGCCGGAGGAGCCGAAGUUCUUCUCCCAGCCCGAGACACCGCAGACGCAGCCGGUCCAGGUCCAGGAGCCGGUCCAGGUCCCGGAGCCGGUCCCGCUACAGCAGGUCCAGGUCCAGAUCCUACUCCCGGUCCAAGUCCCGUUCUCCCAGAAACAAGAAGACCAAGGCUAAGUCCCAGUCCCGUUCCAGAUCCAGAUCACGGUCCAAGUCCAGGUCCAGGAGUCGCACGCCUUCCUCCAAAAGAGGGUCCAGGUCCAGAUCGAAAAGCCCGCCCAAGUCGGCAGCAGAGAACGGAGGAGAGUCCCCAUAGAGACGAGGAUCAGUGAGUUUUCAGGCGGAGGACGCUGUCAUCGCUGUCGCCGCCACCGCCGUCCCAUCCUGGCGCCGACCUGAGCCUCAGUAAAGGUCACUGUUGUCUUCCUCAUCUUGUUCUGGUUCAGGUCUCUGUUCUGAUGUUUUUCGUUUUCGUUCUGUUCUUUUGCUUUAAUUUGACUUUUGUAACCUGAACCUGUUUUAUCAACACCCGUCUGUUUUUAUUGGAUCCUCUUCUUUUCUCCUCAGUUUAACCUUUGGUUUUUAUCUGUAAACCUGAACAUGUUCAUACGGUGGAGCUGAUAUUUGAAUCACAUUAAACAUUAAAUCAGUUCUAAUGUGGAGUUUUCAUCCAGGGAGACAAACCGACAGUAAAGGCAACAAUCUGAGGCUAAUUAUUAUUAUUGUUAUUUUUUUAUAUCAACUCAUUCAAACCUCAGUCUUCAUGUCAUUUAUCUGUAAACAGUCAAAUGUUUUUCUGUUUCCAUCAUCUCUGUAAAUGAGGGAUAUCAAACUCAUGUAUGUUCAGGUUCCACAUUCAGUCCAAUCUGAUCUAAAGUGGAUCAGAACCAGUAAAACAAUAACAGAACAACCCAUAAAUAAUGACAAAUACAAACUUUGAGUGGAAAAAAAGUACAAUUACAUUUACAAACGAUCCUUUAAAAAUUUUGAAUAAUGUGUACAACCUGAAAUUUAUUUUUAAAAAAUCUGUAAUUUUACCAAUAUUUUACCUCAGUUUAUCGUUUCCACAUGAUCAUUCUAACGUACAGUGGAUCUACAUUUAAUGACAGAUGAGAUAUUGGUCCAAUUACACUGAUUUAUAUGAAGAUAUUUCAGGUUCAUAUUUGUUCAGGUUAUUCACAUUUUUUAUUCACAGCCUGAUAGGAUCUAAAAUAGGCUGGAACAGAAAAAUAAUAACAUAAUUAAUUUUAAAUAUUCACAAAAAUUUGAGCAAAAAAAAAAAACAUUCACAAAAUAAACAAGG